GGUCUACUGGGUGUCAGCUUUUAUUGGCACGAUACAAAGCAAGUGCCAAGGGCUGGUGCCUCGACUCCCUGAGCAGAGUCGGCCUCUGGAUAAAAGCAAGCAAAAUGUCUCACUCGAGCACAGAGACAUAGAAAUGUUGGGCUGGAACGAGGAAGUACAGUGGAGAGGGGAGGGACCGAGGGCAGAGUUCCAUGGUGCUGCCGCGGCGCUUCGAACUUCUGCACAUGGAGCGGGGGAGAGUUGGAAGAACUUCAUAUUGCAAACUCAAGGAAUAGCAGAGUACCUGCACCGAAUGGAGACAGAGGAGGCCCACGAGAUGUCCCAAAUGCCAGGCAGGGACAGCCCCCCUCCCAAUGAGGUAUCUGAGGAUGGGGAGGAGGCCAUGCUUGUUCCAGAGGACCUGUCUGCCAGCUCCGCCCACCAACAGAACAACAGGGACAAGGGGUUGCAAGCCUAUAAUAUUAAAGUUGAGGCUCGCAGUGACGAGGAGAAUGGGCUCGCCUGUGAGAUGAAUGGCGAGGAGGAGGAGUGUGCGGAAGACUUGCGCGUACUCGAUGCUUCGGGGGCCAAAGUGAACGGCUCGCACGCAGGCCAUGACAGCAAGGCCUACUCCUCGGCCGGGGGUAUCCGCCUGCCCAACGGGAAGCUCAAGUGCGAUAUCUGUGGGAUAGUUUGCAUUGGUCCCAAUGUGCUGAUGGUGCACAAGCGAAGCCACACUGGCGAGCGACCAUUCCAGUGCAACCAGUGUGGUGCUUCUUUCACCCAGAAAGGCAACCUGCUUCGCCACAUCAAGCUGCACUCGGGGGAAAAGCCCUUCAAGUGUCACCUCUGCAGUUACGCCUGUCGCAGGAGGGAUGCCCUAACAGGCCACCUUCGCACACACUCUGUUGGAAAACCCCAUAAGUGUGCAUACUGUGGGCGGAGCUACAAGCAGCGCAGCUCUCUAGAGGAGCACAAGGAGCGUUGUCACAACUACCUCCAGUGCAUGGGGCUGCAGAACAGCAUCUAUACAGUAGUAAAGGAAGAAAGCAACCAGAAUGAGCAGAGGGAAGACUUAAGCCAGACGGGAUCUGACAGAGCCUUGGUGCUAGACAGACUAGCUAAUAAUGUAGCCAAACGUAAGAGCACUAUGCCACAGAAGUUUGUGGGUGAGAAGCGUCUGUCGGACCUCUCCUUUGACGCGGGCGGUGGGGGGGAGCUGAUGCAGCCGCAUGUCAUCGACCAGGCUAUCAACAGCGCCAUCAGCUAUCUGGGAGCUGAGUCACUGCGGCCGCUGGUGCAGACUUCCCCGGCCUCCUCCUCUGACGUGGCCACGGGCCCCAUGUUCCCCCUCCACAAGCCCCCCUCUGAGGGCCCAACAGCCAACCAUGGCCUGUCAGCUAAAGACAGCGCCGCAGAGAACCUGCUGCUGUUGUCCAAGUCCAAGUCGGCCUCCAGUGAGAAGGAUGGCUCUCCCAGCCCCAGCGGCCAGGAUUCCACCGACACAGAGAGCAACAACGAAGAGAGAGCCGGUGGGGGGGGCCCAGGGCUCAUCUACUUGACCAACCACAUCACCUCCGGGGGCCGCAAUGGCGUCAUGCCCCUGGUGAAAGAAGAGCAGCAGCGGCAGUACGAGGCCAUACGGGCCAACAUGGAGAUGGUCUCUGAGUGUUUCAAGGUGGUGGGUGGGGAUGGGGAACAGAUAAGGGCGUACCGGUGUGAACACUGCCGUGUCCUCUUCCUGGACCACGUCAUGUACACCAUCCACAUGGGCUGCCACGGCUUCCGAGAUCCCUUUGAGUGCAACCUCUGUGGCCACCGCAGUCAGGACCGUUACGAGUUCUCCUCGCACAUGACGCGAGGGGAGCAUCGCUACUGAGAUAGACACACACACACACAUGCACACACACACAAGCGCACACACACACAAACACAGAUCAUGGAUAACCCUACUAAAACCACUCAGAUACUUGUUUUUUCAACAACAAAUUGCAUGAUUGAGACAAAACUAUGUUUCAGAGAAAACUAAGUUGAGAAUCAACUUUUUAGUGGAGUAAAAGGGUAUUAAGAUUAUUCUUCAGUGAAUUCAAGAGAACCUACAAAAUCUGUGUGCCUCAGCAGUAGGUAUCAUGUCACAUACUGUAUUGUUCAUACAUUAAUUUACCUUUCGAAAACCUGUAUAGAAUGUAUAAAUGUCACAGUGUACCCAGGCAACUGAGUUGUGUAAUUGUGAAUAAAAGAAUAACAUUGUCUCAUCUUAAAUUCAUUUUUCAAGGAACUGCUUGAAAUGCAAAUUGUUAUGAAAUAAUCAUUUCUAAACCUUAAAUGCAAGAUGUUUGUAGGUUUACAAUAAACAUCACUGUUGGAGAUUAUAUAGUACCCUUUUAGUUUGUUUAUAACCUCUUGUUCUUUUGUAUUACAUUUUAUACAUUAUUUAUGCUGUGUAAAUGCAUGUCUCUUUUUGUAAUUUAUUGCAGUUGGUCCGGGUAUCCUAUAUCGUAAAACAUAUAUCAUGUUUCAGCUCGUUAAUGUAUUCAGUGGACUUGAGUUUUAAAUACCUACGUGGCCACUGUUCACUGAAAGAUGUUUAUUUUUGUCUGCAGUCUUUUACAACAGGUCUUUUUGAGGUGUUAAAUUUUUUUGUUUGACUCAUUUAUGCUUGCAAAAUAUCAAUAAACGAUAUUUUACAUAUAUAAAGUAUACUGAUUGCUUGUUCUUGAAAAUGUGUAAUGGUUGGCCAGCACAAAUCUACACACAUGUACAUUUGAAGAUGUGAGGAGUUCCAUCCUAACCUAUAUUAAAAUAUAUACAGGAAAGCCUACAGAGU